AUGAGAACCAACAACCCCAAUUCAACACCAACAGUUGCAACACCCUACCUCAUCACUCUAGUUGACCACCACCACCUUCCCAUGGACCACCACAACCUCUACGACAUCACCAUCGACUCAAACUACACAAUCCAAACCCUCCUCACCUCCACUCCUGACCUCGUGGACGAUUGGUUUAUCGUAAACAGAAUCCUUUCCUUCUCUUCUCCCAUCAUCGGCCUCCACAUUGAACGGAGUCCAUCAAACUCAGCAGCCACUCUCACCCUCUGCAUUAACAACUUCUGCCUCGUUUACCAAAUCUUCCACUCCCCCUAUCUUAACGCCUCCCUCUCCAACUACCUUUCUAACCCUAACAACAGAUUCGUUGGGGUUGGAGCAAAAGAAGAUGUUAAGGAGCUUCUAAAAAAUCAUGAUCUCCACUUGGCAAAUUAUGUUAAUUUGCAUUCCCUUGCUGCCUAUGUGUUGGAUGAUCAAGAGAUGUUGAGGGGUGAGAUUAAUACAUUAGCGGAACGUGUUCUUAGGAAAACUGUUAAGAAGCCGCAUUGGGUUUCGAUGAGUAGGUGGGAUAAUCCUUGGCUCAGUGCUAUUCAGGUUAAAUUUGCAACUGUUGAUGCUUUUGUUUCCUUUGAGAUUGGUCGUCGUCUCUAUUCUCAUCCAUGUCUUAGAAAGCCUAGUUCUAAGAAUAUCUCCAAUGGAUUCAUUUUUAGAUUUUUAAAGUUUGGAACUGCCUCAAAACUGGUUUUACUACUAGUGUUAGCAUGUGUGAUUGCCAGAUAUAAUGGGAGUUUCUUAUCCUAA